ACUGAUUAGCAUGGAGAUGUUUUUGAAACCAUUUGUUGCAACUCUUUUAGUUUUGUUUUUUAUCCUCUAUGAUGUAUCUUUGGCAACUAUGGAGAAUAAAAGUGCAGAGAACCCGAAAGGUACUUACAUAGUCCACUUGGCCAAAUCCGAAAUGCCAUCAAGCUUCAAUCAGCAUUCAAUAUGGUACAAAUCAGUUUUGAAAUCAGCAUCCAACUCGGCAGAAAUGCUUUACACAUAUGACAAUGUGAUUCAUGGAUUCUCAACCAGAUUAACACAUGAAGAAGCAUGGUUACUGAGGAGUCAAGCUGGUAUUCUAAAAGUGCAACCAGAGAAAAUAUACAAGCCACACACAACUCGAACACCACAUUUCCUUGGACUCGACAAAAUCGCCGACAUGGUCCCUGAGUCAAACGAAGGAAGUGACAUCAUUAUCGGACUCCUCGACACAGGUGUUUGGCCCGAAAGCAAGAGCUUUGACGACACCGGGCUAGGACCGAUCCCCAACACAUGGAAGGGAAAAUGCGAAUCAAGCGUUGAUUUCAAUGCCUCAAGUUGCAAUAAGAAGUUGAUAGGAGCUAGGUCUUAUUCAAAAGGCUACGAGGCUAUGAUGGGUCCCAUUAUUGGAAUAACCAAAUCGCCUCGAGACAUUGACGGCCACGGCAGCCACACUGCAAGCACAGCCGCGGGAUCUGUAGUGAAAGGCGCAAGCCUAUUCGGCUAUGCUUCCGGUACAGCGCGUGGGAUGGCCUCACGCGCUAGGGUUGCUGUCUAUAAGGUUUGUUGGAAAGAUUCUUGUGUUGUUUCUGACAUAUUGGCUGCAAUAGACGCAGCCAUCUCUGACAACGUCAAUGUCCUUUCAAUAUCACUUGGUGGUGGUGGAUCAAAGUAUUACGAUGACGAUGGCGUUGCAAUUGGAGCCUUUGCAGCAAUGGAGAAAGGGAUUCUAGUUUCUUGCUCAGCAGGAAAUGAUGGCCCUGAUCCAUCGUCUCUCGGCUCCAACACAGCACCUUGGGUGAUCACGGUGGGAGCUGGUACAAUCGAUCGUGAUUUCCCAGCGUAUGUUAGCCUUGGGAAUGGAAAAAAUUAUUCUGGAGUGUCAUUGUUUAGUGGCAAUUCUUUGCCCGAUAAUAAUUCUCUCUUUCCAAUCACAUACGCCGGGAUUGCAAGCUUUGAUCCAUUAGGAAAUGAGUGUUUAUUUGGAAGCUUGGAUCCAAAAAAGGUUAAAGGGAAAAUUGUGUUGUGCGAUCUUGGAAAUAUUCCUAUGGCAGAGAAAGGGUUUGCGGUGAAAUCUGCCGGCGGUGUGGGCUUAGUGUUGGGAACAGUGGAAAACGAUGGGGAGGAACAAGCAACAGAACCCACUAAUUUGCCAACAAUUGUAGUAGGUAUUGAAGCUACAAAAGCAAUAAAAAAGUACCUAUUGUAUGAUCCAAAAUCGAUGGCUACGAUUGUGUCUCAAGGAACAAAGGUUGGAAUUGAGCCAUCGCCAGUUGUUGCGGAGUUUAGCUCUCGUGGUCCAAAUCUACUUACGCCACAGGUAAUGAAACCCGAUUUAAUUGCGCCAGGUGUUGAUAUUUUAGGGGCAUGGACAAGACAUAAGGGUCCCACUGAUUACAAAGAAGAUCAUAGGCGCGUGGACUUCAAUAUAAUCUCGGGAACAUCAAUGUCAUGCCCUCACGUGAGCGGGAUAGCGGCUAUAAUAAAGUCAGUUAAUCCAAAUUGGAGCCCCGCCGCAAUCCGAUCUGCACUAAUGACCACUGCUUAUUCGACUUACACAAAUGGUAAAAGUUUGAUAGAUAGUGCCACAAACAAAUCGUCAACACCAUUUGAUAUUGGUGCUGGACAUGUGAACCCAGUUCUUGCGCUUAAUCCAGGACUCGUUUAUGAUUUGACGACCACGGAUGAUUAUCUCCACUUCCUUUGUGCGUUAAACUACACACCCAAAAGGAUCGAGUCCGUGGCCAGGAGAAAGUACAAGUGUGAUCCUCACAAACACUACAAUGUAGCCGACCUAAAUUACCCUUCUUUUAGUGUGGUGUAUAAAACAAACAACCCAACGAUUGUUAAGCACACUCGAACUCUUACUAAUGUUGGGGUCGCAGGAACAUACAAUGUAUCGGUUACGUUGGAUAUUCCAUCUGUCAAAAUCGUAGUUGAGCCGAAUGUCUUGAGCUUCAACCAAAAUGAGAACAAGUCAUAUACAGUCACAUUUACACCAUCCGGUCCAUCGCCCUCGACUGGUUUUGGUUUUGGACGUUUGGAAUGGUCAAAUGGAAAGAACAUUGUUGGAAGUCCUAUCUCAAUAUAUUUUGAGCCUCCUGGCGUCAUUGGAAACUCCUAAUUUUCUUACUAAAGUCUCUUCGCUAAUUCUAAGAAGAGUGUUUUGACUCUUGAUUGGGUAAUGGUUAUGGUUAUUAUACAAUAAAUUUGAAUGUGGCAA